AAUUUGAUUGUUGGAGGUGAUGGACAAUCUGUUAUUGGUAACGACAACACAUUGUAGCUUGGGUUUCUCAGCCUCCAAAUACAAAGAAGGGAGUGAGUGAGUUUUGCAAUUAAACUCAUUCCACCAAAUCCUCUUCACACUUUCAACCGAUGCUCGUUCUCUUUCUCUCUCAUCUACAACGACCGGCGAUUAUCGGCAACGACACUGCAGGACACUCUUCUUAGGAUCUCGUGAGGUUAUUUGCCUUGAACUUGAAUCAAAUCAUUGCAUAUUGAGAUAUAUCUUCUAAGUUGGAGCAUGGUUUCUAAUUGAUACUUCUUUAUGUUCAUUACAAAGUCGAUGGCAAUGCCUAUAAGGAAGUUAGUGUCAUGUGUCAUCCUUGAUUUGGAUGGUACACUUCUUAAUACAGAUGGCAUUGUGAGUGAUGUUUUAAGAGUUUAUUUGAGUAAGUUUGGGAAGCAAUGGGAUGGGAGAAGAGCUCAUAGAAUUGUAGGGAAGACACCUUUGGAAGCUGCAGCUGCAAUUGUGGAAGAUUAUGGGCUUCCCUUGUCAACAGAUGAAUUAAGUACAGAAAUCACCACAAUGCUCUCUGAUCAAUGGUGCAAUAUUAAAGCCCUUCCAGGUGCGAACCGGUUAAUUAAACAUCUAAAGGGCCACGGAGUGCCUAUGGCAUUGGCUUCAAACUCUCCAAGGGUAAAUAUUGAAGCCAAAAUAUCUUGUCAUCCAGGCUGGAAAGAAUCCUUCUCUGUCAUUAUUGGUGGUGACGAAGUUAAAGCCGGAAAGCCAUCUCCUGAAAUAUUUCUUGAAGCAGCUAAAAGGCUAAACCUUGAGCCUUCCAACUGCCUCAUCGUUGAAGAUUCACUACCAGGUGUUAUGGCUGGCAAGGCUGCUGGAAUUGAAGUGGUUGCUGUUCCUUCUCUCCCAAAACAGUCCCAUCUUUACACUUCAGCUGAUGAAGUGAUCAAUUCUCUUCUUGAUUUGCGCCCUGAAAUGUGGGGCCUACCUCCGUUUGAAGAUUGGAUAGAGGGUACUUUACCAAUAGAACCUUGGUACAUUGGCGGUCCUGUUAUAAAAGGAUUUGGUCGUGGCUCAAAGGUUCUUGGAAUCCCUACAGCUAAUUUAUCCGCAGAAGGCUAUGCAGAAUUCCUUUCGGAACACCCAUCCGGGGUGUAUUUUGGUUGGUGUCAAUUAUCUACACGAGGUGUUUACAAAAUGGUCAUGAGUAUUGGUUGGAAUCCAUAUUUCAACAACACCGAGAAGACCAUAGAACCGUGGUUGCUGCAUGACUUUGAUGAGGAUUUUUAUGGCGAGGAAUUGCGUCUUGCUAUUGUUGGCUACAUUCGGGCUGAGGCAAAUUUCCCAUCCCUUGAAAGCCUGAUAGAGAAGAUUCACGAGGACGGGAAAAUUUCAGAAAGAGCCCUUGAACUUCCGUUGUACUCGAAGUACAGGGAUGACCCAUACCUGAAAAGCUCUUUGCAUGGAGAUAAAAAUCAUUCACAACCUGUAUAAUCCAUUUUCAUUAAGAAAAUGAUAGUGACAGUAAUAUUCUUCCAGCUUUUCGGUAUCUAAUGUAAGUUCCGAAACUCAGGCUGGGUGUGAACAAACUUGGAAGGUGUGAACAAUCUUGUAUGUUGAGUUAUAUUCUCAAAAUAAUUGAGGACAACAAUUGUCGUCAAUUUUAUUUAUUAUCAAUACAAGCCAAGGAACAUAGUUUGUUCA